AUGAGCGCCGGGAAAUGGUUCAAAAUGCUUGGAGCCGGAGCGAUACUCUGCAUCGGUGGCCCAAUGUUUGUCAACUACGUUCGCCCAACAGAGGAGGAGCUUUUCCAGAGAUUCAAUCCCGACCUCCAAAAGCGGAAUCUGGAAAACCGGGAAAGACGACAGAAGGAGUUUGACGACUUCGUUACACAGCUGAAGGAAUACUCAAAGUCUGACAAGCCCAUCUGGGUCGUAGCCAAAGAGGCCGAGGAGCUUCAGAAGAAACAACAACGAGAAGCCGCUCUUGCCGCGAAGAAGGCCGCCGCUGAGAACCCCGUUGAGAGCACGACACAAUCAUAA